UCCUGAGCCUCCUCCUCCACCAGGACUGCGGGGCCGACUCCUCCUCCCCCGCCCCCGCACCCUCCCUGAAUCACAGAGCCCGACCCCAGGCUCCACUGUUGCUCAACCCCCGAGAGCCAGUUCCUGUGGCAGCGCCUGGUGUGCCUGACCCUCGCCUUGUGCCCUUCAGGGAAGGAGGGAUCUUGCACAAGGCGCCCUGUGUCUGCCCUCAGCGGGAAGGCGGCAUGGGGCCUCUCCGGCUGCUUGUCCUGCUCCUCGCCACAGAGCUGUGCCGGGCCCACAACGCCACCGUGCUCCUGGGCGUGGCGGGCCAGUCCCUGCGGGUCUCCUGCCCCUACGACUCCCUGAAGCACUGGGGGAGGCGCAAGGCCUGGUGCCGCCAGGUGGGCGAGGAGGGCCCGUGCCAGCGCGUGGUCAGCACGCACAGCGUGUGGCUGCUGUCCUUCCUGAAGAGGCGGAACGGGAGCACAGCCAUCGCCGAUGACGCCCUGGGCGGCACCCUCACCGUCACGCUGCGCGAUCUUCAAGCCCAGGACACGGGCCUCUACCAGUGCCAGAGCCUCCAUGGCGGUGAGGCCGACACCCUCAGGAAGGUCCUGGUGGAGGUGCUGGCAGACCCCCUGGACGCCGGAGAUCUCUGGGUCCCUGGGGAGUCCGAGAGCUUGGAGGAUGUCCACGCGGAGCACAGCAUCGCCAGAUUCCAGUCUGCAGGCCGCCUCAAGGCUCCCACCUGCCUUCCUUGUCUCUCCAAGGAGCACCUUGGCAGGAGAGAUGCCCUUCCCACCCACGUCCAUCCUUCUCCUCCUGGCCUGCAUCUUCCUCAUCAAGUUCCUGGCAGCUGGCAGCCUCUGGGCCGCGGCCUGGCGUGGGUGGAGGCUGGGGACACGUCCAGCCAGUGGACUGGACUGUGGCAGUGACCCAGGGCACCAGCUCCAAGAGCUGACAGGGCUGGGAGACCCGUGACAGAAGAGGAUGGGAGGAGAAGCCCAGGACAGGUCCAGCCGGGGGCCACCCCAGCGGGCACACUCGCCCUCGGCCACCGAGACUCCUGGCUCUGCUCUGGCGAGAGGCCGCCCUGCCCGCACCCUGCUUGACCUGGCUCUUGGAAGCUGGGACUUGUGCGUACGGCGGUUGGGUAGGGGAUUGGGAAGAUCAUCUGCCAACUUCCGGGCAUUGCACAUUAAGCACUCAUGAAUAAAUUCAAGACUUAUAUUAAA